AUGAAUAAAUACAUUUUCCUCCUACUAGUAAUUACAAAAUUGAACACAUUCACAUGUUACGUUAGGCGCGCAAGUAUUUUUUGUGGCAACAUCAUGAGGAAGGACAAAGACAAGGUUAGCAGCGAGAAUGGGGAGGCAUUUAAAUUCCCAGAGGUUGUCCGAACUGUGCGUGUGAUUAUCCAAGUUGGCGAAAAAAAUAAUGAAGAAUUAAAAAGCUACGAGAAUUAUGCCAUAGGGUAUAAAGAAAAAUUACUAGCCAUGUUACAGAAGGAUAAAGAUUUUUUCCUGGACAUUGUAAAUAAGUUAAAAGCAAAGGAUUAUUUUAACUUCGAUAUUUAUUCUAUCUUCAGAUUUAUCAACAUAGAUAUUCGUUUUUUCUUUUUUCCCGAGUGUCAUGACCAGUCGGCUGUCUUUUUCCUCAUUUUCGGGAACCUGGAAAAAGCCAUUGACUAUUUUAUUCGAAACAAGGACACCGUUGAUUUUAUGCAGAUGGAGAAGUACAAGAAGAUGGGGGGUGGCAGCGAGGUGCGCCUGAGCAUACGGCAGAGGAAGCGGUUGAGAAAGGCGGAACGGAAGCGCGAGAGGGAGGAGCGCCGGAAGGCGUAUAUGGCGAGGGCGGGGGCUGCCUCCUUGGGCGACGCGGACGGGGGUGCGACGACCGCUGACGAAGCAGCUGUGAAUGGCGAAGCAGCUGUGAAUGGUGAAGCAGCUGUGAAUGACGAAGCAGCUGUGAAUGGCGAAACCUCAAAUGACGAAACCGCCGAUGACGAAACCGCAAAUGACGAAACCGCCGAUGACGAAACCGCAAAUGACGAAACCGCAAAUGACGAAACCGCCGAUGACGAAACGGCAAAUGACGAAACCGCCGAUGACGAAACGGCAAAUGACGAGUCCGCCGAUGACGAAACCGCCGAUGACGAAACCGACGACGGAGCGACGCCUGACAUCUCCAUAAACAGCAUAAGCGAGGCUUCCCCCCUGGAGGACAAGUUCGACUACUUCCUAAAACACUACGAUGAUGUUGAAUUUUUUUUUAUGAACCACUUCAAGACGGCAGAAGAGUUAAAAUGCUUUUUCGAAAAAUGCCAUGAGGAAGAAAAUAAAAUAAAAAAAGAAGAAAUAAAUUUUAACGCAAAGGGAGAGGAAAUAAUAACCACGAACCAAGUGCUGAAAAAGGGCCUGAACUUAGAAAUGAUAAAAAAAAUUAUUAAAAUAUCUCCGAGGUUAUCUCUAGUAAAUAAAAACACCAUCCUCAAAAGAAUAGCUCAUUACAAAAAUGAGUUAAAAUAUGACCAUGACGAAUUGGUGCAUAUUUUGUAUAAUCUCCCACAAUUUUAUGCCUUUGGAAAUUUAAAAAAAAAAUAUAAAGAAUUGCUACACCUGCAUGAAACCAUACAAGAGGAAGACUUAAAUGCAUUUAUCAAAAAGUACCCAAGGAUAUUCACCUACAAUGUGUACAGAACCAUCAGACCCAAACUGUUAUACCUGAUUAGACAUUUGAACAAAGCAUUUCGAGAUACUCUAUCGUUUCCACAAUAUUUUAGUUACAGCUUCCGGUUAAGAAUAAUCCCCAGACAUGUUGCCUACAUGAAUAUAUACUAUGACAAUUAUAUCAGUUAUUACAAAGAGUUGGUGAGGACACACAAUUAUGCUGACUUUAACAGAAAGUUUAACGAGUUGGUUUAUAAACCCAAUAUCCCACCGAUCAAUUUGAAAAUGCUUCUGCAAACGUCGAACAAAGAUUUUAUGAAACAUUAUAAAAUUAGUUAUUACGAUUUUGUCAAGUCGACGCAGCUAGCUAAAAAUAUCCACAAUCCGUUCAUACUGGAGUGA